UUAUCAUGACUGCUUCCAUUCUAGGUGGUGUGGCCAUUCCGCUUGUUUUUUGGGGAAUUGGUGCUGCAAUUGCUGCCAUUACCGGUGUAGCUGCUAUUACUAGCAUCACCUUAGCUGCUGGUGGUUUAAUUAUGGCUGGGUUUGCACUUGGAUAUAUGAUAAUUCAAGUUACCAUUUCAACUGUCAAUAAGGAGAAAAGAAACCAGAACGGCUUAAUUAAGAACCGAAAGAACAUUGCCUGUGUUGCCAUUAUUGUGGUUUCUGUAAUUGCUCUUCUUAUUUGGGCUAUCUUAUUGGCUCGAGUUGUUGGUCUUAGCUUAGAUAUGACUAGAACAAUUAUACCCCCAACUGAUGAACAGUGGAAAACUAUUACAACUAACUACGCCCAAGCCAAGGCCGCUCGAGAAAACGAACUCCAAACCGCAUACAACACUAGCAAAACUGCUGCCGAGACUAAGAUCGCCGACACUAACAAACUACUUAGCGAGAAACAUGACUUGCUAGCCAAAACCCAGACCGAACUAUCCAAUGCUGUUACAGAUGAAGCCAAGGCAGCCCUUAAUACGAAGAUUGCCAACCUCAAUGCUGAAAUUACCAAGCACACUGAUACUAUUAACCAACAAAACGCUCUCAUCAAAUCCCUCGGGCCUGAUUACCCCGCUACAAUCAACAAGCUUUCUACUACUCUACGCAACGCUGAUUCUGCCGUGGUCGAUAAGACUAGCGCAUGGACAGCCGCCACUGAUGAGCUUAAAGCCGCUACUGACGCCACUCGGCCAGCACUUCAGAGCAAGGCUGAUCAGCUGGAGAAAGCUCUUGACGAGUGCAAGAAACUUGCCGCAGAAGCCAAAGCCAAUCAUACUUCGGCUACCAUAGCCUAUGACAAGCUUGUUCAUCACGAUAGUCUUGCCCUGCAAAAGCGUGUCUCUGAGAUUAUCAAUACAGACUACAACCUGUCAGAGAAGGGCACAAGAUAUCUCGUGUUCAACGGCCAGGAAAUGAAAGUGGGAGACAAACUGUUAGUUUCCGCUCCUAAUGCAUCGCAGUCUGGUGCCCUUCCUCAAUCUAAUCCCACACCCAGCUUUAUCUUAACAGAGAACGGCGAAAAAGUAUAUCGCCUUCCUACUGAUGCUGAUGAUAUAAUCGAUGCAUAA